CGUUUCAGUUCUGUCUUUCUCUUGGACUUCUGAGAGGAUCAGUCCAGGAAAGCCUCAACUUGUCCCCCAUCUAGGGACACAAUUCCAUCUGCCAAAACCACUCCUGGUUCAAGAAACUGAAAACAUCCAAGGACAGAUUUUAACACAGACCCUACUUCACUUACGCCCAAGAUGAGUGAUGAGGAGAUAACCUAUGCAACUGUGAGAUUCCAUAAGUCGUCUUCAGGGUUGCAGAAUGGAGGAAGGCCUAAUGAGACUCAAGGGCCCAGUGAAGCUGGCCACAGAAAGUGUUCAGUCCCCUGUUACCUCAUUGCCAUACCUCUGGGAAUCCUUUGUUCCGUUCUUCUGGUGACUGUUGCACUGUUGGGGAAACACAUUUUUCAGUAUAGUCAAGAAAAACAUGAAUUGCAGAAUACUCUAAAUAAUCUCCAUCAAGAAUACAGCACCAUGAAAAAUGACAGCCACUUAAGGGAAGAAAUGCUGAGAAAUAAGUCUAUAGAGUUUGAGGCCCUCAGAAAACAGCUGGACUCCCUCAACAGAAGACAGAACAGAUGCUAUGGGGAAACCAAGGUUUUAGAUUGCAAACAGCGCACAGGCAAACGUGUUGAAGUGCAGUGGUUCUGUUUUGGCAUAAAAUGUUAUUAUUUCUUCAUGGACAAUAAACGCUGGAAUGGAUGUAGUCAGACCUGCCAGGACUGCAGCUUAUCCCUUUUAAAGAUAGAUGAUGAUGAUGAACUGAAGUUCCUUCAGCCAAAAAUUAAUCCAAACAGUUUCUGGAUUGGGUUAUCAUAUGAUACAAGAAAAAGAAAUUGGCAAUGGAUUGACAAUGGCCCAUCUAAACUUGAUUUGAUGACAAUGAAAUCAUUGCAGGAAGAUGGAGGCUGCGCAUUUCUCAGUUCUAGAGGUAUACAUAAUAAUAAAUGUGAAAGAAAGCAUCCCUGUAUUUGUGAAAAGAGAAUUCAAGAUUUUAACACAGACUGUACUUUACAUACUCUCAAGAUGAGUGAUGAGGAGACAACUUACACAACAGUGAGAUUUCAUAAGUCUUCUUCAGGCCUGCAGAACAGAAGAAGGCCUGAUGAGACUCAACGGCUCAGAGAAGUUGGCCACAGAGAGUGCUCAGUCCCCUGCAACUUCAUUACAAAAUUUCUGGGAAUCCUUUCUUGCAUUCUGCUGGUGGCUGUUGCAGUGUUGGUGAUAUACAUUUUUCAGUAUGAUCAAGAAAAUCAUGAAUUGAAGAAAACUCUAAAUAAUCACCAUCAAAAAGAAUUCAACAUCAAGCAAAAUGACAGCUAUUUAAAGGAUGAAAUGCUGAGAAACAAGUCUACAGAACUUGAGGCCCUCAAAAAGUACCUGGACUCCCUCAACAGAAAACAGAACAGAUGCCAUGGGGAAACUAAAGUUGUUUUAGAUUGCAAACAGCCCUCAGGCAAACAUGUUGAAGCACAGUGGUUCUGCUGUGGCAUAAAAUGUUAUUAUUUCAUUAUGGACAAGGAAAGCUGGAAUGGAUGCAAGCAGACCUGCCAGGACUGCAGCUUAUCCCUUUUGAAGAUAGAGGAUGAUGAUGAACUGAAAUUCCUUCAGCUCCAAAUUAAUCCAAAGAGUCACUGGAUUGGAUUAUCAUAUGAUACAAGAAGAAAAUGGCAAUGGAUUGACGAUAGCCUAUCUAAACUUGACUUGAACAUAAUGAAUUUCAAUCCUAACUCUAGAAGAUGUGCAUUUCUGUCUAAAACAAGAAUAGAUGAUGCUGGAUGUGAUCAACUCUACCACUGUGUCUGUGAGAAGAGACUUUCCAUUCCCUGAUUCACUUUCCAACAAA